AAACGAAGAAGAAAAAAAAAAAAUCUAGACCUAUUCAUAUGAAGUUAUAUAGAUGGUCAUAAACGAGGAGAAAAAAGGAGAGCCUUUCAAUCUUUCAGAGGAAUAGAGGGAAAAUGGCCUGUUCUACGAGGAAUGCGAAAAAGAUAGCACCAUAUGCAUAUAUGGUUUUGGCACAGAUAAUCGCAGCUAGCUAUUCAAUCCUAAGCAAAAUCGUCUUCACACAAGGAACUAGCACUGUUGUCUUCAUCAUCUACCAGUUCAUCGCAGCCGUUGUCUUCAUGGGCCCUCUUGCAUACUUCAUUGAAAGAAAGACAAGGCCACCUCUCACCCUAUCAAUUUUGUGUUGGAUGUUCCUACUGGCCUUGCUUGGGGCCACCUUGUUUCAAAACCUCUUCUCUGCUAGCUUGAAUUACAUUUCAAGUACAACACAAUCUGCCAUCCUCAAUCUCUUCCCUGCCUUCACUUAUCUACUAUCCGUCGCGUCGCGUCAAGAAGUGCCUGAGCUGAAUCGAGUAAGGGGCGUCGGAAAGCUAUCGGGGACAAUACUAUCGGUCGCAGGCGCAUUGACCAUGAUCUUGUGGCAGAGUAGCGUGGCCCAAUCAGCGAUCACAGGGCCCGGAAAUUGGGUGGUUGGAUUCGUUUUGGCUAUCAUGGGCAUUCUUUCACUAAGCACGUGGCUAGUCUUGCAGGAGCCUGCAACAAGAAGAUACCCAGCUGAAUUAUCCAUGACUACUAUGAUGUACUUCUUUGGGACACUUCAAACAUGUGUGUUAGCCGCAUUUGUGAGUCGUGAGGCCUCCGAAUGGAAGCUUAAGUGGGACCUAGAGCUCCUAAACAUAUUUUUUGGAGGGGUGCUGAACAGUGGGAUAGGAAUCUUCAUCUUCUCGUGGUGUGCUCGAGUGAAGGGCCCUCUUUUUGUUGCAGUUUUUGCACCAUUAACGUUGUUGCUCACGGCUCUCGCAGAUAUGUUAUUCCUUGGGGAGACCAUGAAUGUUGGGAGUAUUGUUGGAUCAUUGAUGAUUGUAGGAGGCCUCUAUUUGUUUCUGUGGGCAAAGUCAAAGGAGGAAUCUAAUGACCCAAAGCAUGAAGAAGAUGCAAUUACGUCUCCCUUACUCCUAACUUAAGACCCAUGAUUUAAAUUAAAAUUUCAAGUUAUUUUUUUGUAUGACCCGAUGAAUGGUUCAUAUCAGGAAAAAGGGAUCCUCCCAGGAAGACUGAACCUCCUCAUUCCAAUCAAUAUCAAGAAAAUUUGUAGAGAGGAUCAAGCGCUAUAAAGAAA